GUUUGCACUAAAUAUGGAGUUUUGAAAACAAAAACAGAUUUCAUAGAAAUGUGUGUCAAAUGAAUUGAAUUACAAUUGAAUUGUAUUUCAUUAACAAUCAGUUGAUUAUUAUUAAGCGCUUUAAAGGAGUGAAGACUGAGUUAUACGAGAAUCAGAUCCCGAGUGAAGUGAAGACUGGAUUUAAUGACUGAUUCUGUAAUGACUUCUGGUUUGCAAAUAAGUGACAAAUUGGGAGACAAUGUGUUAAACAGCGAUGAAUUGAAUGCAUCAACAAAUGAGAGUCACGUGUUGUCACCCAUCACUUCCAACACUUCCACCCACUCUUCACCACAACCAGCACUCGAUGUGAACAGUCAUAACAGUGACCGACAAAAGAGUGAUGUUUUGAGUGACAAUCAAUGCAACGACAAGUCAUACGUGAAGUGUAUGUCAUAUGCGAAAUGGACCACAACUGGCGCUCAUGUGAGACCCGCUGAGUUGGACGACCAGACCGUCAGCUCUUUGACACCACAACAGUUCGUCCAUCACUGGACUCAACAACAGUUAUAUAUUGAUUACAUUGAAUCACAACUCAAACAAUUAAAUAGAGAUAAAAGUGAUUUGAUUUCAUUGCGAGAGUCGGAGGAAAAGCUGAAACAACAGCAGUUGGAGGCCAACCGACGGGAGAACGUCCUCGUCAUGAGACUCACCACCAAAGAGCAAGAAAUGCAAGAAUAUCUGAAUCAGAUCCAAGAGCUGAAGCAAUCGCAGGUGCCGUCCACGGGUCAGCUCCAGAGUGUACUCAUAGAUCCGGCCAUUAAUCUCAUGUUUGACAAAAUGAAGAGAGAAGUGGACUCUUCUCGCGCUAAAGUGGACGAAAUGCAGAACGAAUUGAACGCUUGGAAGUUCACUCCCGACAGCACAACUGGUAAGCGACUGAUGGCUAAGUGUCGGCUCCUCUACCAGGAGAACGAAGAGUUGGGCAAAAUGAUCGCUUCCGGACGUAUUGCCAAACUUGAAGGCGAACUCGCGCUCCAAAAGAGCUUCUCAGAGGAGCUGAAGAAGAGUCAAUCGGAAAUCGAUGAAUUCCUACUCGAGUUGGACGAAGACGUGGAGGGAAUGCAAAACACUAUUUAUUAUUUACAACAACAGCUCAAAGAAACAAAGGAAAAGCUGUUGAAGUAUGAGUCGAACCAAACUGUUCCACAAAAUCAACUCAAUGUUCGCCAAUGUGUUCAACAAAACAACUCUUUGGACUCCAAUGAUCACAAUGUUAUAAAUAAGACAACUAUUGAGCGAACGCUUAAUACCAGUGAUAAUCUCAAUGAAGUUGUGGUUGAAAACAACUGCACAGAUGUGGACAUGAAUGACAGCAACGGCAACGACCAGUCCAUCGAUGAUAGUGUGGUCAACAGCACAGAAACGACUCUAACAAAUACAGUUGAAACCAAUUAUAGUGAGCCAAUAGUUGAACACAAUUUGGUUCAUAAUAGUAGUAAUCACACGAAUAAUAAUAAUAACUACUUAUCUGUGAAUAAUGAAUUUGUAAAUAAGAGGACGUCUUGUUUGACUGCGAGUGAUGCGAGUGAUGAUCAUUCAGCCAUUGAUGACGACUACAAACCGCCAUCUGUUAAAGUGGCUAAACUUAAUGACAACACUUCAGUCACUGGUGUCACCGAUGAUGACAGUUAUGGUAAUGAGACCAACAAUUCUAUUCAUUUAAAUGUCAAUUCAAACACACAUCAAACUAAUUGUAUUGAAAUCAAUGGCCAAUCAAACCGAUAGAACAAACCAUUUGAUGACAAUAUCUCUUUUGUGGACAAAUUGUUAGAUUCUGUACUAUUCUAUUAUUCUAUCGUUCAAUUCUUUCACUUUAUAUAACUCUAAGUUCCGGUCAUUACUUUUAGUGAUUCCUCGUUUCCUUUAUUAUAUUACAAACUAAUCAACAGUUUUUUAUUUGAGAUAUUUGUCAAACACUUCAAUAUACAGUAUAUAUAUAUAUUUGUCAUAAAAUUCAUUCACUUAUCAUUUAUCUGAUAUUCAAUAAUGGUUUUCAUAAAUAAGUGGAAAAUGCUUUCGAAGGCACAAGAAGUAUGAUUUUGUGGUUAUUUUUGUGUCAAACGUAUUGAUAAGUUUUUGCUAAUUUAGAGCAUGUUUUUGGGUUUGUGUCACUCAUUUGAAAUACUGUGUAAAACAGUUUCAAUUGAUUGAGUUGUGCAACAUUUAAGCAAUCAAUUCCUAACACUUAUGUAAUUAAUUGUAAAACACUAUAAAUAUAAUAAAUUAUAAUUUCUUGUCAUUAGCUCUUUAACAUCUAUUGACUUAUAUUUAUAAUUUUUCUCAAAACAUUUCAGGCGAUAAACAAUUGUAUUUCACGUAUAGUUGUUAUUAUUGAAUACUGAUUGUAAUUAAUGUUUAGAUGUAUUGAUCGCAAAAUUAAUAUUUCCCGC